AUGCCAGAAACCAUCCAGCCCAUCAAAGUCUGUAUCCUGAGUUUCGAGAAAAUGGACCUGGUCGACUUCGCCGGGCCACUGGAAACGCUGUCGCAUGUUCGAGGCCCGUCUGGUGACCGUUUAUUCUCCAUCACAGUCGCCGGUCCCAGCGGCGAAAUCACCACCCUACAGGACCUGAUCAUCAAACGGAACAUCAGCUUCGAGCAAGCCACGUCGUCCCUCGCACAGUUCGACGUCCUUAUUGUCCCCGGCGCAAGCUAUCUGGUGACGAAGGAGCUCUGCAUUCUUGCGGGCCGACGCGCGACAACCCAUUAUACAAUUAUUCCAGAGCUAGCGGAGCUCUGUGCAAAGUAUGGGCAGACUGAGAUUGUUCGAAAGAGGUUUGUCGAUGCCGGCUUGCUGGAUAAUGGGGUGCGGGUCGUCUCAUCUGGUGGGAUUUCCAGUGGCUUUGACGCUGCGUUGUAUGUUGUGGAGGUUUUCUGUGGCUUGCUCUGCGCCGAAAAAGCGAGUGACGUGCUGGACUAUCAGUGGAGAAGAUCGGAGGGAUUGUUUUAA